AUGUGCAAAUGCAGUCUCACAGGGAGUGAUUACAUGCCGGAUGAUGAAGAGCUGGAACGGGCACCGUUGAUUGAUGAACCUGAUGACCCUCCUGAAUCAAGACCAGGACCUUCACAAUUGAGCCCAGAAUUUACAGAAUCCACACCAGGUCCAAGAAGUAUUAUCACAAGAUAUUUUUUUCAUUUUCUGGAUGUCACAGUUGUGAACUGUUGGUUACUAUACCGCAGAGAUUCUAGCGACCUAGACAUUCCUGAACGAAAAGUAAUGAUGCUUCACGAAUUCAAAUUGUCACUGGCAGAAUCCCUGCUUCUUGAAGGGAAAAAUCCCAUGGCUAAGAAAAGAGGUCGUCCCUCCUCUAAUGGAGGAACUGCUGCACAGUUUGCAAAGAAAAAGAAAAGCUCCCCUGCCACUAAGCCCAUUCCUGCAGAAGGAGUCAGGAGAGAUGGCUAUCACCAUUAUCCAGUGGUGACAACAAGAGGAAGGUGCAAGAAUCCAGACUGUAAAAGUGCCCCUGUGUUCUACUGUCAGAAGUGUAAAGUACACUUGUGUAUCACCAAAGAUAAAAAUUACUUUGUUGAAUUCCACACAAAGUAAAUGAACAAGCAAAAAUGACAUUUAGUUCAUGGAUAUAUUUUACUAAAUGAAUAAAAACAUUCAAUAUUGUUUUCACAUGUGCUAAGUUUUUUUUUUUUUUUUUUUUUUUGUAUAAGCAAUUUCUUUUAUGGCAGCCAAGACAUAUUAUGCAUGGUUUAUAUACACCGUUGUCAGUUUUUGUUCGUAAAACCAAUUUACUUUUGUGUUUGAAAGCUAUGUAUGGAUUAUAUAUUCAGUUAUGUAUAUUAUUAUGCAGUACCAUAGGUGAAACUGAAUCAAUUGUAUACUACGCUGAAUUAGCUACUUGAUGUUGAAGUAUUGUUUUCCAGAAAUAAAGAGUGUUCAUGCAUGUGUCUGUAAUUAAUUCAGUAUUAGGUAACAUUAUAAAUACAAUAAUAAUAAUAUUCCGGAAGAAUGGAGGAGCUAUUUAGUACAUACACAGUAGGUAACAAAAACUUACUCGUUGUGUCACGAUGGACGACCGUGACGAAUUUGUCACGAUUGGCUGCCAUCUUUAAAACCCAGUGUUUUAUUCAAAAUUAAUGGAUUUCUUAAGAUUUUACUACUCUAAUAAAAAGGAAAAUAU